AUGUGCCGCUACAAGCUGUUCAACCCGGUGGCCGUGCCUGAUUUAUGCCUACUCGAGGUGGACCACGGCCAUUGUCCCGACGACCGGAAAGGGCAGUGGUGGUAUUGGUUCAAUUCGGAUUCUGGUGAAUGUGAGAAGUUCUUCUACCACGGCUGCGGCGGGAACGACAACAAAUUCUACUCGCUGCAUCUCUGCCAAAAAGUGUGCGCCCAGCGGUUGUCGCCCCAGAUUGGUAUGUUGAAACGGGUACGGGAUCGCCAACGAAUUGUU